UUUUGUGUUCAGCAGAAGAAAAAAAAAUCUCAUACAUGUUUUGAACAACUGAGGGUGAGUAAAUGAUGACCGUUUUCACUUUUUGGGAGAACUAUGUGUGCACAUCCUUACAUGCAUUGCCAUGAUGUUAUGAGGAUAUUCCUAUUUCUGAUCAACUUUAGCUUUUUUAGUGAAAUAGUUAAUUCACACAUAGGCCUUCAGCAGAGUAAACUCAUGUUUCUAUCACAGACCAAGCUGAGCUAAAACUCUUUCAUGAGACUCCUCACCAAUUCCCAACAAAUUUGGAGUUUCCUCAGUUUCCUCUUUUUUUAGCUUAUAUGCAUCUUGACACCAGUAACAGAAUAUGCUGCUGUAUUUAGUUUCAGGAAUUUGGUUUCUUUGGGCGAACUUCCGUAUCUAUUAGGAAAUCAUUGCAACAGCAGUGAUUUUGAGUUCUGUUUCUUUUCAAGUUUUAAAUUCAUGACAAUGGCAUUAAAUCGCUUACUCAGAUUCAUUCUUUGUCUUCUAACCUUCAAAACAGGGUUCAGUGCUGAGAUCUCUGUGUUUGUUCAGACGGGAGCUUCUGUUCACCUGGAUAUACAGACACAACAACUACCAGAGUUUGAUGAUUUAUCCUGGAAAAAAAAUAAAUCUGAGAAUAUAGUUAAAUAUUUUUAUAAAACUAAAGAAGUAAAACUUUACUCUUCCUACAAGGACAGAGUGGUUUUCAAUGAUACAACCUUCUCUCUGACACUGAAGAACAUGCAGAAGACAGACAGUGGACUCUACACAGCAAUAGCAGCUGCAGAAUCAGACAACAAUAUUGUUACAUACAGAGUAUCUGUUAUAGACUCUGUGGAGGCUCCUGUGCUGACUGUGAACUCAAACUGGUUCAGCAGUGACUCCUGUACUGUGAACUUCACAUGCAGAGCUCAUGAGCUCAUGAUUAACUCCAGCUAUCAGAACAACAGCUGUUCUCCACAGGAAGUGACAUCACAUAUCAACACUCUCAUCCUGGACUGCAGUGAAGAAUCCAUCAUCUGUAACCAUAGCAGCCCUGUCAGCUGGAAACAAGACAGAAAAAACAUCGAAGAGCUCUGCAUUUAUAAAGAGAAUGAUUUAAUCAAUGACCAGACUGUGUCUUAUUUCCUGUGGCCAGUUGUUUGUUUGGUGUCAUUGUGCAUUUUGAGUCUUUUAGGCUUUCUGUACAUCAAGUAUAAAAAAGGUAUGUCCAUGUUGCCUCAUUCUCUAUGAAAAAAAAACUGAUUUCUGUGUUCAUUUGUUUGAUCAAUUAAGUACUUUACUGCUUUUGUAAAGUAG